UCGGACGUACCAGUCAUCAUUUUGACUUUCACUUCACAUAACGCAUGUCGGCUGCGCGGACAUAACCUGGGAAUCGUUGCCAGUGCGUUUCCCAAGAACUAUCAUUACUGCUUCUCGCAUUCCUCAUUAGAAUCAGAUUUUUCCAAUUUCUUUAUGAGGGAGAGCCUCAUCGGUUCAAGCCAUUAUAGAGCUCUUCCCUGGGUCAGACUUUCGACGCAGCUCGACUCGAAAUUUGGUCUAACGGAUAAGCCUGUGCUUUCCAACACAGCAAUCUGCUCACUUUAUACCGUCGGAUUGUCCAAAGGACUCACUGCCGCAGCAUCUGCCCGGGUCCUUCUGCCCACCCGCGACAUCCGACAGUUAUUCUUCACAAGGCGACUCGCAGCUGCAGUAACUGCGCCUGUAUGUAUUCUUCCCGCUCGGUGGCAGCGGUUUCGGGGCCAGUCUCUUCCGAUACCUGGGGCUUUUACCUGCGGCAUCCUCAGGCAACUCGCUAGGUCCCCUCACAAAAACAGCGUGACCUGCAGAGACAGCAGCAACAGCAGCUGUGGUGGGGACUACCGCUACUUUUGCUACGACGAGUAUUGGCCUCCGGUGCCUGUGACCCUAGGGCCGAUCCCCGUAGGAACCGGUGACAGUCCCGCAGCCGUCAGCGAUUACAGCAACUCGACACUGCAGCAGCCACUACCGCCUGUCGUAACCUUUUGGCCCCAGCUUGAGCCUACCGCCAGCAAUACCACCACUCGCGGUAGCAGUAGCAGCAGCAGCACCUCCGAGGCAGCCAUUCCCGUUGGUGCGGAGCUUGCAGCCUCUAUCGCCAUGCAGGCGGCUGCCGAGGACCCCUUCAAUAUGGACCUACUGGAGGUGGCGGCGUCCUGUGCUCCUCCCGUUGCCACUGCCACUGCCGCCGCCUCCGACCGCAAGACAAGCCCUGCUGUGGACGUCACCCGGCACAAUUUUGAGGUGAUGCUCCCCAUGGUGCGGCGCUACCUGGCCUCAUGCGACUUCUUUGCAUUCGACUGUGAGAUGACCGGAUUGUUCCUGGAUGGGCAAACUGAGAACUACCUGGACGACAUGCAGGACAGGUACACUCGCACCGCGGCCGCCGCUCAGUCAUUCAUCAUCACCCAGUUCGGGCUGUCUUGUUUCCGCCGCCAGCCUGAGCCGGGGCCCGGUGGUGAGGCCAGGUACCUGGCGGCCACAUUCAACUUCUACCUCUUCCCCCGGCCACCCGAGGGGGCCGCGUUUGGUUCCUCCCGCCGCUUCUUAUGUGACGCGGGGUCGCUGAGCUUCCUGGCCUCGCAGCUGGACCGCGAGAACUUCAGUAACAAUGCCAACAAUGGUGGGGGCGGCGGCGGGGGCGAGGUCCCUCGUGCUGACGUUGCGCUGACUAACCCUGGCGACCAGGAGUUUGUACAGAACCUGGUGGCUUCCGUACGGGAUUGGCUGGCGUCCGGAUCUUCACAGCCACUGGACUUACCCCCGGUCAACCGCUAUCUGAGAUUGCUGACCUACCAGGCCCUCGCGCGGCCCGAGAACUUCGGGGGGCCACCUGGCGGUUCACCGGACUGGCAGCCAGGCUUCGUCGUGAAGAAGGUGAACGGCGAGCGCAACAUGACCUUAGUACGGCUGGUCCGUUGCGGCUCUGCGGCCGAGGCUGCUGCUCUGGAGGCGGCGGAGCAGGCGGAGAAGCGCGCGGGGGUUGCAGCUGCUGCGGGUUUCGCGGCGGUCUGGGAGGCGAUGAGGGAGUGCGGGCGGCCGGCGGUAGGCCACAACUGCAUGUUUGAUGUGGCGUACGGCAUAUCGCAAUUCGGGGAGGGCCGGCUGCCCGCCACGUGGGAGGGAUUCAAGCGCGCCGUCGCCCACUGGUUCCGCGGUGGACUGUACGACACGAAACACAUCUGCCGCCAGCUGCCGGAACUGCUGGGGUCGGACACCAUGCUUGCAGUCAUGUAUGGCAGCCUUGUACCGCAAAACUCCGUGACCAGCGGGACAGGGCCCCUGCCCGCCCGUGUGUCCAUCUCACACGCCCGCGGUUUUGAGAAGUACGUGGCGGUGGCGGCGGGGGAGCUGGCGCACGAGGCGGGGUACGACGCCUUCAUGACCGGCAGUGUGUUUGCGGCCCUGGAGGCGGUCAUGGCGGUCAAGGGGGUGCUCGGGGCGGAGGUGGGAGAGGGAAUGGGAGCCGCUGCAGGCAGGAUGGAGGUGGAAGCAGCGGACCUGACAACAGAGGAGACAGAAGCGCCUGCCGUAACAGGUAUUGAUGCUGGUGUCCAGGUGCCGUACGUUUCCUUGGUGCCGUACGUGUGGCGUCUCAACGUGACUCGCUCCGAUCUGCCCUUCGCACUCCUGCGGCCCACCGUACCCGGCGAUCCCGCCACCCUCGAGCCGGUUCCGGAGCGGCCACUGGUCUUCCACCUAGGAACACUGUCGCACGGUGUACGAGCCAACGACAUCCAUAGGGCCUUUGAGGAGGCGGGUCUGGGGAAGGGCGUCCUCGAUUUCGGUCAAUCUCGGGAUUCGAACCUGAGUCGAAACAGGAAUACCUGCUCGAUACCAAUAUGUUCUAUCACAACGUUUUCGGAAAAGAACCGAUCGGUGGAUGCGGAUUCCGUGAUAGCCAGGAUACUACAUAAUCUAUCAUCCCUGUACGUUUGUGUAUUCCCUCACCCCCGCAUCCUUCACCCCGGGCCCCAGGUGGAGUGUGAGGUGGCAGCCACCCGACUGAGGGAGGAGCAGGGGCUGCUCGAGGAAAGGAGGCUGUGUGCAGAGGUUCUACCGUAUGUGAAAUAUCGGGCCCGAAAAGAUGAGAUGCUGGCGGCGGGAACCUGGCCACUGCCAGGGUACGGCAGCGGGUAUGGUGGGGCACGCGGGGGUUACGGCGGCAGCGGCGGGGUGCUGGGUAGCCGUCCUGCUGCUGCCGCGGGUGCAGGCGGACGAAGUGCUCCACCUCCGGCUGGCACAGCCACUACCGCCACAGUUGCUGCAGUCGCCGCCGGUCCAUCUGCUGAGCCGCCUGUUCGCCCGGGCAAGCGGUUGAGAGUGGAUGCGGAAGAGGAGGUGCAGCAGCAGCAGCCCACGAGAUCCGCUCUGGGGCAGCAAUGUGUCAUGAUGUAA